GUUACUCAACAUAUAACAUCUGUCAAAUUAUUUUUUAUGGAGCUACCUGUAACUAUCUUUAAAGAAUAGAGUGUUAUACCGGCUGUAUACUUGCAAUUUUAAUAUAAAAAAUAAAGUAAUGUUCGAGGAAUGUGUCGUUCAAUCCCGUUUAAUAAAAAUUAGGGAUCGGAUAUGAAAUGAUUGGUAUAUGCAUGAAGUUUUGAUUAUGUGUAUUGAGAUCAUUACAAUCAAAUUGUGAAAAGCAAUCCACAGUGGAUCUCACGUUUAGAUCAUAAAUGUUUUUGAAUUAUAAUUUCCCAUAUUGUUUGUAAUAUUGGAGUUAAUGUGUGGACAGAUAUAAAUAUUUUAUUAAUAACAGAAUAGAAAAUGAUUGAAAGCUCUUUUUCUCAGAAUGUCUGCGCUAGUUCAAUACGUGGUUAUAAGAGGAGAUCUUUCCAAGACAAUGGGAUGGCCAAUGGGUGCUAUAGUAGCUCAAGCUUGUCACGCGUGCACAGCUGUUACUCAUCUUUUUUACAAUGAUAGCAAUACACAAGCUUACCUCGCAGAUUUGGAUUCAAUGCAUAAAGUUGUUCUUGAAGCUUCCGACGAGGCCAGUUUACAUACUUUGUGCUCCAAACUGAAGGAGGACGACAUCCAUCACAAGUUGUGGAUAGAACAGCCCGAAAACAUUCCAACUUGUCUGGUAACAAAACCUUAUCCUAAGAAUGAAGUGCAAUCGUAUUUUAAAAAGUACAAAUUGCUUAAGCUUUGAUAAUGACAAUCAUUGUAACCAUUAAUAAAUAUUUAAUCGGUACAAAACUAAGUUUAUAAUACACUGUCGUACACUUAUAGCGAGAAAUAACAAAAACUAUACUCGAAGGAACGAAGAAAAUCUUCAACCUUCAUUGCGAGUACGAUAUCGUUAGGUUCGCUUGCUCGUGCGAACAAGGAAGAUCGAGACGUUGGAAGCGGACGGGUAAAAUCGUAGUCCAAUUCAUCCGCCUAUCUUCGUCCACAAGCUGUCCAUCGAAUACACGGAAUUAACAUUCGGACUACCACGCAACAGCACGGUGAAAUCUGUACCGACGUAGAAACGGCAUAAUAUAUCCGAGAUAUACGCUUAAAAUUUAUUUUAUAAUCGCUAAUAUUGACAAUGUGUACACAUUACUCGUUCCAUUUAAAAACUAGCGAUAUCUCUAGUCGACGAGAAAGCAGAGUCGCACGGGUCUCGCGACUCGAAUAAAAUCGUAUAAAAAUCUGGAUCUCUCGCAGCGAAUUGGAGGAAUCUUUCGUAGAAUCCGAAACGAAUAUAGCGGGUGAUGGCUUAUUGGGUUUUGUUAUUAUGUCACUUAUGAUACGCAGGACAAGUUUCAUUCUGAGCGUAAUAGUUAUUACGAGCAAAAUUGACUUUGGAAGUACCGCGUAGCCGUCGGAUGAACUAGGUAAAUUAUAUCCUAGACGUUCCUUCCUGGAGAUUUGCGGGGAACAAGGAAGUCUCGCAUAUCAACCGUACACACACACAGAAAUUACACGUAGGAUAGCGAAGCCCUCGAAAUACGACGAUCGUAGCAAGAAUAAUUAUCAAUCCUGGCUAUCUCUUUUUGUCCAUCGAGAGAAAAAAAAACAAGUGAGUCUCUUGCACUAUGCGCCGCAUCACCGUAUUCGAUCGAUCAAUACACUUCAGCAGGAGACAGAAGCUAACACCGGGAUCACGAUCGCUCUCUCAAAGUCAUUCUUCGUCGUCGUAGGAGGGAUUUGGAUAUUGUUGUUCGAGCCUCUAGAGAAUUGCCUGAUGACUUUGUGGAUGGAAAGCGAGAGAAAGAGAGAGAGCGAGAGAGA